AUGGAGCGUUGCCUGUGUAUCAUAGCACCCCUGCAUGUACACAGAAUAUUCACCCAGAAAAAGACAGCCAUUUGUCUUGCUGCUACACUCUUUCUUGUGCUACUGUCCUUACUCCCAAUUUUUGCCUACUCCAGCCUCGCUCCUAUCUUCGAUCCCGGGAAGAACAAGACGUUGAUCGGAAUAGUUUACAACGACAAUGAAGAUGCCAUCGAACAAUUUGUUAUGGUAACAGGUGUCAUUGUGACAGCAGGUUCUGUCCUCUUCGUCUAUGUGUUCUCAGUCAUCCUGGUUUACGCACUUAUUCAGCGUCGCCGGAAGUGGGAGAGUUCCAAAAAUAAAGCCACGUCACAAACGGGCGCCGCCCGAUCACAAGGAAACACACCGAAACAGAGCAAGGACAUUCAAGUAGCCAAAAUGGUAUUGCUCAUCGCUGCAGUGUUCCUCAUUACCUUCAUGCCCAACGGCGCAAUGUUUCUGGCCAUAGAACUAGUACAUGAGUUUUUCUUGGAUAGAGCUUAUCAUAACGUACAUGUGGUUUGUGUAUCUUUUAUGCAGGUCUUACAAGGUAUCAACAGCUCUAUAAACAUUGUGCUGUAUAUCAAAAUGAGUUCAAAAUUCAGGCGUAUCUUCAAGGCUUUGUUUCUUUCUCUGAAGCAAACGGAACCCAUCCUUGAUUAA